AUGAUGAUGAAAAGGAACUGGAAAGAUAUGAAUCUUUCUUCCUUUUCUAAUCGAAGUUUUAACAGAUUUAGCUUAUCCAAGCGCAAACAAUAUAAGUUCGCAAACCCAUUAUUGCUCAAUCCAGCUCCAAUAACGAGAUCUGAAACAAUACCUCAGUAUAAACCGGAAGAAGAGACUCGAGAAAACAUUUCUCUAUCAGAAUUCGCAAGUGAUACGAUCAAUGAUAUGUCUCCUGAAGAAAAGAUUCCAUUAACUUUAGCAAUUACUUCGAGUCGAAACUUUUUUUCAUCAACACUCGUAAAUUUCGAAAAUGACAUUCUACCUGAUGUUUCAGACGCAUCCUUUGAAAGAAUAUUGAAAUAUAAAUUAAAUAUAUGCACAGAUAUUUAUGAUUUUGAUAGUUGUGAUCCUUGUGUUUCAACAUUGAGAGAGCAGAAGACUACAGUACUACGCGAAUUGUGCACAUUAUUCGAUAACCCAGAGAAAUCUACACAGUUAUCAUCAACAUCUCGUCAAUUAAUUUGGAAAGUUUUAUAUACAAACAUUUUUGAUCAAGAACCGCGCUUUCCAUCAAAGUUUUCUUCAUUUAUGUAUACAGUUCAGAUCAUUGACCCAAUGUGGCCUCAUUUAAGCCUUGCAUUUCAAAUUUUAAAUAAAUAUGUCACAUAUUUUCCAAAUGACAAAUGCCUUACAACGGAUGUAAUCAAGCGAGCCGUAUACCUGACCAAUCUCCCCGAUCCAAACGUCCGAGGAAAGUUAUUAUCUUUUUUGAAAUUAAUUCUCGACAAAAGACUCGAUUAUUUUCAUACCAUUACCAAAGCAGCAGGUGACCAACUCAUGGGCAUCGUCAAUGACAUCUCUCCUCCUUACUGCGCCACUCCUUUGCUUCAAUUAUUAGUUACAUUAUACCAGAAGACGAACCAAAGGCCUCCGUCCGCCUUCAACAAGGUUGUUCAAUACGCAGCACUUCCGCUAUUGUCUUCCCAGUAUUAUUCGACGUUUGCAAGCUCAUUUAACGGAUUUGUUGUCGGAUUACUUUCUGUCAGCCAAGAUCAGAACCAAAUCCUUCCCAAACUAAGAGAUGGAGCCAAGAAAGGAUCAUUUGACAAGCCGAUCUUGAAGCAAACAAAAUCUGCAAAUUCUCAACUGCUUUCUUUCAAUUCUAUUGGCAGAUGCAAGGUCUCCAAGCUAACAGAUAACGAUGUAUAUACCGCUCUUGAUAAAUACUGGCCUAGAACGCGCGGAACAAAAGAAUUGCCAUUUUUAGAAACUUUGUUAGUGACAAUGGACGCAACAACCCACAUAUUAACGACAUCUAAGGUCGAGAGAAUAUGUAACUUCCUUGCAAACCUUCUAAAAGCCGAAAAUAUCAAAGUUAAUAAUCGAAUUUUGGCAAUUUUCAAGCCACCGACACAGCCGAAGUGGGUUAAGAUGUUUUCCAAGACUGUUACUGACGUUUUUACCCCUGUAAUGAUCAAAUUGAAGAAUUCAAACAAUGUAAGUUGCGAAGACAAAGGAAUUACUACUGCUCUUCAGGAAAUUCUCAAUCUGGGAAGAAAGACAGAUGCUGUUCUACCAGAUUUUGUUGAUAAAAAGGAUAAAAAAGUUGAUAGAGUUGAUAUGUGGGUCGCUUUAUCACAAUGUGCAGUUCUUAAUGGAUUUAAGCAUGACCACAGUAAGUUUAAGUCCUCUGUUGUUAAUGAAAAGGACUGUUUGCCUUCACAGGCUCAUUUUAUGCCUUGUAUACGAUUGUAA